UUAUAGUGGUAAAUUGUUUAAAUUAUGGAUGAAUUAGAACAGCUGCAAUCGAACGAUGCGACUGUUAUUGGAACGCGGACCAAAACGGAAAGUAAUGGUACAACAGGACCACAUGUUACGGCUGUGCCCGUUACAACGUACAUGCCGAGCGAAGCUCUUGUACCAAUGCCCGUUCUUCCACAGUCUGGCGCGAUCAUCGUUGGACCUGGAGCUAAAAAGGAAGCUCAGCUACUUGGUUUGGGCCUUAUAAAGCUGCGCAGCAAGCAAAAAGAUUGGUUAGCAGAUGCGAAAAAAUAUGCUAAAGAGCAGUCAAUCAAGCAAGUACUUCUCAGACAAACACUUGCACACCAGCAGAAUCAACAAAAAGUGGCGAUGUAUGCACAAGCUUUAUCCCUCAUGGCGCGUGUUUAUAUUGGUUCGAUCAGUUUCGAAGUUCGUGAAGAAAUGAUAAAAAAUGCCUUCGGUGUAUUUGGCCCAAUCAAAUCAAUUAAUAUGAGUUGGGAUGCCGUUACAGGGCAUCACAAAGGUUUCGCAUUUUUGGAAUACGAAAUUCCGGAGGCAGCGCUUUUGGCGCAGGAGUCAAUGAACGGUGUACUGAUGGGCGGCCGUAAUCUCAAGGUCGGACGGCCAUCAAAUAUGCCACAAGCUCAGCCAAUUAUCGAGAUGGUGAUGCAGGAAGCGAAAGCAUAUCAUCGGGUCUAUGUUGCAUCAGUUCAUCCGGAUCUUUCAGAAUCUGAUCUCAAAAGUGUAUUUGAAGCAUUCGGUGAGGUGACGAAAUGUCAACUGGCCAGAGCUACGGGGCCAAACGCUGGAAGCGGGCAUAGAGGUUUCGGGUAUUUGGAAUUCAGUAAUGCUCAAUCAGCAAAUGAAGCCAUUGCCGGGAUGAAUAUGUUUGACCUUGGUGGGCAGUAUCUACGCGUUGGGAAAUGUAUCACACCACCAGAUGCGCUAACAUACAUCGUUCCCACAUCUGCCGUGAAUCUACCUACAGCUGCAGCUGUUGCAGCUGCUGAAGUCACCGCUAAAAUUCAAGCCGAAGAAAUGACUGCAAAGAAGUCACCUGUUCACACUGCCAGUACGUCUCCGCUCUCGGGAGGCAUUGCCGUUCGACAGGGUUCACCACAACCAUAUAAUAUGCAAGCGACGCCACCGGUAGGUGUUGUUACAACGGUUCCUCCUAUUGGCAUAGCAACUGUUCCAAUGGUUGGACUUGCAACAGUAUCACCAGUAGCAGCAGGAAAACCGUAUUCUCCAACGGUUGUUUCCCCAACACCUCCGCCGUCUGCUACAGUUAUUCCUAACCAGAUUUCAACGCCACCACUGCCUGUUGCAACGCCACCUCUUCCACCGGGACCUCCUCCAGGUGGCCGCCGAGGAUUUGGUGGUUUUGCCGUGCAGACACCGCCUGUACAAGUUGUCAGCAUUCCGCCACCACAAGUAAUAACAUCCAUACCAGCACCUGCUAGCACGAUUCCGGUACCACCACCACCAGUUUCUUCAAUACCGCCACCCCCUGUGACACUGUCAUCUACACAGUCGUUAAUAUCGAGGAUUAACAUUGGCACUCCAACGAAUUCUUCCGUUGAACCUGCUACAUUUGCUCCACUUCCAGCUAAUAUUGCUCCUGUGGAUCGUAAAGCAAUAACUACUACUGCUGAUGGCAUAAUGGAUCAGCUUGCAAUUGGUCAAGCAUCAACGAGUGACUCCGCUAGUAUGGCUUUGGUUGUCUCUGACAAUUCCAUACCAAGUCGACGCGAUUUACAGAAGACGGGUGGAACUAGCAAAGAAAAAGGAUCAAAACCGGAUGACAGAUCAUAUAAAAAGAAGAAGAAAAAGCCGGUAUCAACAGUACCGAAGGGACCACAGCUCAACACUCCUCAAGCACUGGAAGCAGCAAACCGAGCUGGUGAACUCAAUGAUCAGAUGGCUGCACAAAAUGCUAAUUCAGACGAUGUAUCAUUGGCUGCUCAAGAAGGCUUAGAGAUUAGAGGAAAUGAUGCAAGGCAUUUGUUAAUGCACAAACUAAUGCGAACAAAUCGAUCAACAGUAAUAGUACUGAGAAAUAUGGUAACGAUUGAAGAAUGCGACGAUGAAUUGGAGGGUGAAAUUCGUGAUGAAUGUAAUAAAUAUGGCAAAGUGCAGGAGGUAGUAAUAGCUCAGGAUCCAGCAAACGGUAGUGUGAAGAUAUUUGUACGAUUUGAUAAUACACAAGAAGCAGAUACAGCACGGCAGGCGCUGGACAAACGAUAUUUUGCUGGUCGUGAAAUUUCCGCUCAAAAUUACGAUCAAAUACUAUUCGAUCAUAAUGAUUAUUCAGGAUAAAACGUCAACCUAGUUUACGAAUAUGAAAGAUCUUUUACAGUGUCUGUAUCGAAGGGUUCGAAAUGUUCUGUGCUUUUGAAAUUCCGCUAAAUAACGUAACUCUGGACUUCGAAUUUUCUUGAUAAGCUUUUUGUAGAACUCCUGGGCAGGAAAAAUGAAUCACAGUAAAGCGGGACAGGAUGUGACGAACCGUACUUAAGCAGGAUAGGAUUACUAGAUCGUAAUGGUCCAGUGAAUUCAAUAAUGGUAUGCUUGAGAAGGGCGAAUUAUCCUUCUUUUGAAGGUCAAU